UGGCUGAUGAGAUGAUCAGCUCCAUUGGUCGUGGAUUGUGUGUACUAGUUGGAAUCCAUAAGAAUGACACAUCAGCAGAUAUAGAUUUUAUGGUCCGCAAAAUACUGAAUACAAGAUUAUUUGAAGAUGGCAACGGGAAACGAUGGCAGUUAGGUGUAAAAGAUGCCGGGCUGGAGAUUUUGUGCGUGUCUCAGUUCACACUGUACUGUGAAUUGAAGGGAAAUAAGCCAGAUUAUCGACAUGCAAUGGGGGGUGAAGCAGCCCAGCAGUUUUAUGAAGAGUUUCUUAAUCAGUUAAGGAAGCAGUAUAAAGGAGACAUGAUUAAAG